UGACAUCCUCCUUUGCUUCAGUUUCUGUGCUAGAAUUACUAGGCCGUGCAAUCUAUAUCGAGCCACUUGAGUCACUUUCUGAUCUUCUCAAGCAACCAAGUGCCACAAGCAUCCAAUCCUGCUAAAAUGUUCGGUAGUAUUGAUAAGAAGCUGCGACGGAAAGCGUACGACCGGAAAGAAAACGAGCGGUUAACGAUGGAACAAAACCAAGCACAGCAACGCGAAAUCGAAAACCUCAGGCGUGAGAUGGCCGAACGGGAAGGCCAGGAAAGGGCCGCCAGGUCAGAGAGAGAACAGCAAGAAGCAUUCAAAAGACAGGAAUUGCGAAGGCAACAGGAUGCAGAAGCUGCACGACAACACGAACUAGCCAUUAAGCGCCAGCAGGACGAAAACCGCCGAAGACUUGAGGAAUUCAAGAAGCAGGAGCGGCGACGAAAGAAGCAGGCGAGGCUGGGAGCAUCCACAUCAGAAGCAAUUCGUGAUCUCAGACAUCAGAUAAAAGAGCGAUACCAGCUUGACUGCCUGAUCUGGAGCUUGAAAGGGGCAAGAGCUGCUGAUCGACCUGUGGGCGAGGGCUUAAUGGAGCGGGCGGAUGCCAUUCUGGAUGAAAUCGAACAACGAGUCGAUAGUUGGAGGCAGGAAGACUGGACCCCGGAAGAAUGGAAAAAAGCAACAAUCAUCAGAGAGCGAGUCAAGAAAGGGGGUAAGAGGCGAUGGAAGAACAAUCCCCCAUGGACUGAAGCAGUGGAGCGAGAUGAAUGGGAGAUAUAGUGUAUGUGUUACUCCUAUAAAUGUUCAUUGAAUCUAGC